AUGGAUACACCGAUUCGAGUCACCGUAUUGAUAUCAGGCAAUGGUUCAAACCUCCAGACCGUCAUCGACCGGACAGUCGCGGGGCAGCUUCCGGUGAACAUUGUCCGAGUCUUAUCGAACCGCAAAGACGCAUUUGGACUCGAACGUGCCCGACGUGCAAACAUUCCUACACACUACCACAACCUUGUGAAAUAUAAGAAGCAGCACCCUGCAACACCAGAGGGUAUUCAGGCGGCUCGGGAGGAAUAUGAUGCGGAGUUGGCGAGGUUGGUCCUGGCUGAUAGUCCAGACAUGGUAGCUUGUCUUGGAUUCAUGCAUGUGCUGUCUCCGAGGUUCUUGGAGCCACUGGAGACAGCGAAGGUUAAGAUCAUUAACCUUCACCCUGCGUUGCCGGGGGCUUUCAAUGGAGCGCAUGCAAUUGAACGGGCCCAUGCCGCCUGGUUAGAAGGAAAGAUCGACAAGACAGGGGUAAUGAUUCACAAGGUGAUCUCUGAGGUUGAUAUGGGCACCCCUAUAGUUGUACGAGAGAUCCCAUUCGUCAAGGGAGAGGAUGAAAAUCUUGAACGUUUUGAAGAAAAGGUCCAUGCUGUUGAAUGGGGGGUUGUGAUUGAAGGGGUACAGCUUACAGUCGAUGAGAUAAGAAAGGAAAAGAAACAUGGCUCGACGGAAGCAUAA